AUGGUCAAUUAUUUAGCUUAUGGCCACGUUCACCACAAGUGGGCUUAUAACACUAUACUGCAGUAUAAACAAGCUAUUUUAAAGUUAUACACCAAAGAACAACGAGCCCUCAUUGCCAAUGAUGACAGCUACAUCAAUUUUUUUGCAGCUCUCAAAAAUGAUGCGGUUCUAUCGUUUGAUUUCCCGGUUAUUAAUUUGCAACCAGCCAUUGACUUCGUACUUGGUUUAGGCGAAAACCAAUCCAUGAAUCUUUUGCAACUAACACAGAAGCUCUGCUUUUUACUGGGUAUUACGGGAUUCCUACGUCCUUCUGAUAUUGAACGCAUCGAUGACAGCAAGACCAUGGUUACUGCCGAAUCGUUACGUUUGGUCAUUCUUGCACCCAAAGAAAAACGGGCUGGUCGGCCAAUUGAAAAAGUCGUGGUCAUUUCUAACCACUCUUCUCCUCUGUUGUGCCCGGUAGCUACCUAUCAAACCUACAAAACACAUUUUCGGGCUGAGCCUCCUAUAAUUCGCCAGCACGCUCGCCUUCCACAAUUCACCUACACUGCAUUAGUUCGAAACACUACCGAUACCAAUCGAUGUAUUGGUUCAGAACGCAUCAGUAAACACAUUAGGUCUAUCCUAAGUUUAGCCACCACCACUGCUACUACUUCUUCAACAAGCCGUAAAACAAUCAAAGCGCGUGCCGUGGGAUCUACUAGGGCCAUUCUUGCAGGUGCAAAACUUGAAGACAUAUUGACUCAUGGUUCCUGGGCAUCUUCGUCUAUUUUUGAUACCUACUAUAGGUUGAAUCGGGCAUCCGCCACCAAUUUUUCAAAUCUUAUUUUGUGA